AUGCAAACAUUAUUUCAUAAUAAAAAAGUAACAGUCAAUGAAAAUGUUUCACAUAAAGAUAAUGAAGACGGUAACAAUAAUGGCAAUGGAUCAUUACAUUACUUUAAUAUGAGAGUAACCGAAGGUUUACAUCGUUAUCGAGAUUUAAAACGUAAUUGGUCUAAAACAACCGGUAUAUCAGGAGAACAAAAUAAUAUUCUUCAAUCAUUAUCAACGUCAACAGAAAAUAAAAUAUUAUCAAAUCAUCCACGUUAUCCACUACCCUAUAUUGUACAACGAAAAAAAUGUCGUCCAUUUAAAGCAAAUGAAAAAUUAACAAAGAUAACGGAAACAAAAUCAUUUUUUCAAAAUGAUGAUUCUACUCAUAAAUUAUCAACAACGACUGCAGAAUAUUUAACAACGACAAAUGAAAAAAAAAAUCGAAUAAAAUCGUCUACUAUAACUGUAACAACAGCAGCACAUGAUUCUUAUUUAAAAGCAAAACAAAUUUAUGAACAACAACAGCAACAACAACAACAACAACAACAAGAGCAGACAAGAAAACAGGAAGGAAUUGUUGUUAAAAAAUCCUAUUGUCUAAAUGAUUAUAUUAAUGAUGAUAGAAAUGAAAUUAAUUUAGAACCGUUACACGUUCGUAUUCAACAAGAUUUAAUAAAAUUAAGAAAAUUAAUAAAAGCUCGACAACGACGAGCUGAACGAGAACGAGAAAAAAAAUUACAAGUUAAAUUAAAAUUGAUAAAUACAAAUAGAGUAAAUACUCCAAAUACGAGUAAACAUUUAAGUAUUGAACAAAUUUUAAGUAAACUUCAAGAAGAAUAUGAUAAUGUACCACAGAUAGCGGCAAAUGAACAGGCUUGCAGUGAUAUAGAAAAAAUUCGCAAUUUUGAUUGUCAACCAAAAUCAAAAUUACUCACUACAAUAUCAGAUAAACCGACAACUGUUUCACCGUUAGAUACUGUUCAUGUAUCCGGUUUUAAAAAGAUGAAACAUUUUCUUGCUCAAGAACAGCAAAAACAGUUAAAUUCUGAUCUACAGCUCCAACAACAACAACAACAACAACAACGAUCAAGUACAUCAACUGAAUCUCAAAUAUUACCGACGGUAGAAAGUGGAAUUGGUUCAAGUAUAUCUAGUCAAUGUUCACAAUAUAAUAAUAAGAAAAUAGUUACACAAACAAUACAUCAAAAAGAAUAUCGAACAUCAUUGGAUAUAAAAUUUAGAGAUAUAAAUGAAUUUAAAAAUAAAAAACAACAAAAGAAUACAAUAAAACAGCCGAAAUCACAACCAUCACGUUCUAUAUUUAAUAUUCAAAAUUCAAGAGUAAAUACUGUACAAUCAGUGCUACCACCACCACCACCACCAUUACAACAACGAAGAUCAUUUAUUUGUAGUGUAACACUGGAUGAAGAUGAAGAUGAAGAUGAAAGUGAAAGUAGUGACGAAGAAAAUGAAGAUGAUACAGAUGAAACUAAUUCAUCAAAACAUCCUGUACUUCAUCUUGCAUCAAAAAAAAAUUAUGAAAAAUCAGCUACAACUAUUAUUCAUUAUACACCACGAGAUAUUACUCGAAUGAAUACGGAAAAAAAUCUUCAUAAUUAUCAUUGUCACGAACAACAACAAAAUUCCAAUGAUGAUAUUCAAUUUAAAUUACAACGAUCCAAAACAAAAUUAAAAUUAUCUCAACAAUCACCAAAAUCAAAAAGAACUGAAAAUCGAACACCUAAUCACAAAAUUUCUCGUAUAUCAGUAAAAAGUGGUGAUGAAUUUAACUCUAAUGGUGGUGGUGAUGAUGAUGACUGUUCAACAGCAGAAUUUUGUCGAUCACAUUAUACAUAUGCUGGAUCAACUAGUAAAAAUCAAGUGAAAAAUAAUCGUAUUAAUACUAAAACUUCAUCUCUUCUUCAUAUACUAUUUGCAUCUAGUUCAUGUAUUCAAGAAGAAGGUAAAGAAGAAAUUGAAUAUUUACUCAAUUAUAAACAAUUAAUGGAAAAUUUACCAAGAGCAAUUGUUAAUAUUGAUGAAGAAGAUAAUCAUUUAUUUGAUCAAUUACAACGUAUUCGAGAUACAAUGCCAGAUACAAAUGUCUACGAAUUUUAUAAAAGACAUUCUCAUUCUCAAUUAUAA